AUGUUCAUUGCUAUAAUCGGUACUCGUUUCUCCGGAAAGUCGGAGAUUGCUAACUAUCUCGUCAACCACAAAGCUUUCAUCCCCGUCAAACUCGACCCCGAGCGCAGACACCAGCCAAUGUUGUUUGACUUUGAAUCUCAGAUGUUGGACUACGUGACAUUGCAUUGGUCCAAAAACUUCGUCACAACCGAUCUAAAUAAUACGGAUGUUCUCGAUAAAUUCAUCAAGCGGCCUUGGUUCAUGCUCAUAGGCGUCGAUGCCCCCAUUCUACAACGAUUCAAGAGAUCAAUCAGAGAAGCUCAUGCACUUCAUAACAUGAAAAAACUUGCGACGAUACAUAUCGUCAAUGAAUUUGACUCUGUCUCAGCUCUGCAUUCAUAUCUUGACGACAUUGACCUUCUCAAUGGCGAUCGACUGAGGCCCAGUUGGGACACCUACUUCAUGAAAUUAGCAUCUUUGGCAUCUAUGCGAUCCAACUGUAUGAAACGUAGGGUCGGUGCAAUCCUUGUGAGAAACCACCGGAUCGUGGCAACAGGAUAUAACGGCACACCGCGUGGUCUUACCAACUGCAAUGAAGGAGGUUGCGCUCGUUGCAAUGGCCUGACUUCUCUGAAAGAGGACUGUCUGUGUCUACAUGCAGAAGAGAAUGCCCUUUUGGAAGCUGGCCGUGAUCGGAUUGGCGAUGGAGCCGUGCUGUAUUGCAACACAUGUCCAUGCCUGACGUGCACCAUCAAGAUUGUACAAUCAGGCGUAAAGGAAGUCGUCUACAACCUCAGCUACAAGGUGGACGAUGCCUCCGCACAGAUCUUCCAAAAUGCUGGCAUCGCUUUACGAAAACAUGCACCCCCGCCUGAUACUGUUUGA